GCUUCCUGUUCGCCCAAAAAGAAAUGCUGUGCAGCAGAACGUUGGAAGUUUUUUGGGAGCAGCUUCAAUGACAGAUGAGUGACCGCGCAGGCAGCAGGAGGCAGGAAGCUGCAGAGGAUGGAGAGCGGAGUCUCAUUGGACCUCCGUCCGGACACGCCGGGGAGAACCUCCGGGAUCCAAACUCCUCAUCGACCCCGUUUUUCAUCUACUUGCUGGCGUUUUUCUCCGCCCUGGGCGGAUUCCUCUUCGGGUAUGACACCGGGGUGGUCUCUGGAGCGAUGCUGCUCCUGAAGAAGGAGAUGCGCCUGAGCGCCCUGUGGCAGGAGCUGCUGGUAUCCAGCACCGUGGGAGCCGCGGCGCUGUCCGCCCUCAGCGGGGGCUUCCUGAAUGGGUGGCUGGGGCGCAGGAUUUGUACCCUCAUCGCCAGCUUCAUCUUCUGUGGCGGUGGGAUUGUUAUGAGUGUAGCCCAGAGCAAAGUGGUCCUCCUUGUUGGUCGCAUCACAGUGGGUUUGGGCAUCGGCAUUGCUUCUAUGACCGUCCCCGUAUACAUCGCAGAGGUUUCCCCUCCACAUCUGCGAGGCCAGCUGGUCACCAUCAACUCUCUCUUCAUCACUGGUGGCCAGUUCAUAGCCAGUGUGGUGGACGGAGCUUUCAGCUACCUGAGUCACGACGGCUGGAGGUACAUGCUGGGUCUGUCCAUCCUGCCUGCCGUGCUGCAGUUCUUCGGCUUCAUCUUCCUGCCGGAGAGCCCCCGCUGGCUCCUGCAGAAAGGCCGGAGUGAGGAGGCACGCCAAGUCCUGGGCCGCAUCCGGGGGCACCGGAAUAUCGAGGAGGAGUACGACACCAUCAGGACCAGCAUCGAGGAGGAGAACGUAACGGGAUCAGGAGGCGUCGUCAUUUUGCGCAUCCUCAGCUACGGACCGACUCGCAGGGCUCUCAUCGUUGGGUGUGGCCUCCAGAUGUUCCAGCAGCUGUCUGGGAUCAACACAGUCAUGUACUACAGUGCUACCAUCCUGCAGAUGGCUGGGGUGCGGGAAGACAAACAGGCGAUCUGGCUGGCUGCUGCAACCUCAGCUACCAACUUCGUGUUCACAUUGGUGGGAGUGUGGCUCGUGGAGAGGGUAGGCCGCAGGAAGCUGACGCUGGGCAGUCUAUUAGGAACUGGACUAAGUCUGACUUUGUUGGCCAUCGGGUUCCUGCUGUCGGCCCAACACUCUCCUCCUGUCACGCUCCACCCCACCGACUUUCACAAUUCCACCUGCAGGCUUUAUGGGUCUUGUGAACCGUGCAUGUUGGAUCCAUACUGUGGAUUCUGUUACCUCGAAAACGACGCCAGCGUGUUCAACUCUUCCUGCGUUCCUGUCAGUCCGGCAUCAACCGACAGCGCAGCCUGGGGAAGAUGUUCUAAUCGGAAGGAAGAAUCUUUCAGCCCAUAUUGGGCUUACAAUUACUGUCCCACAUCGUACUCCUGGGUUGUUCUUUUGGGCCUCAUCCUCUACCUCGCAUCAUUUGCUCCAGGAAUGGGGACGAUGCCCUGGACGGUGAACUCGGAGAUCUACCCGCUGUGGGCACGCAGCACCGGAAACGCCUGCUCUGCUGGCGUCAACUGGAUCUUCAAUGUGCUGGUGUCUUUGACUUUUCUCCAUGUUGCAGAGUAUAUGACGUAUUACGGUGCGUUCUUCCUGUACGCCGGCCUGGUGGUGUUGGGGCUCCUCUUCGUCCUCUGCUGCCUCCCGGAGACGAAGGGCUUACAGCUGGAGGACAUCGAGAAUCUGUUCACCAGGCGACUCUGCUCUUGUGGAGACUUGCCAGCGAGCGUCAACCGCCGAGUCGACUACAUCCGGGUAAAAGGCAACAACUACCUCCAUUCUGACGACGACACUUCAGAUGUAGAGUAGAGCGGGUUGGCUCUUUUAAUUUUUUUUACUUUCUUCUCUCUCUUUUGAUUCUGCUUUCUUUCUGUUUGAAGACUGAUUAUGCAGGGAGGAAAGACAAUCAUGCUGCCGUUUCCAUUGGCCAUACAGUUGCGCAAAUUGGAAUUACAAAAAUAAAUUUGCUUAAUGGAAGCGCAGCAAUUUCGUCCAACGUUUUUUUGAUUAAAGGGCUAGGAGAAGGUGGUUUAUCUGCUGUAUCAAAAUUGGUGAAUUUUUUAAAACUGAAACCUUUUUUGCAUUGUACAAGUCACAUGAUCAACAACUAGAGGUUACUACUGGCAGAAUCGACAAGACGACAGGAAGUGGCAGAAGGAUGAUUUUUUUUAAUGACUUUUCAUGUGAACAAACUCAUUUGUGUGAUUUUAAUUGCAUUUUCUAUUUAAUAGAAACACAACAAUUGUGAAAUUGUGCUUAUCUGACAUUAGCAAAAUAUGGACCACGUUUUGCCGAUAUUUGUGUUGACUACAGCUCAAGGGAUUGAUACGUUAGCUGUUAUUUUCCACCUUAAAAGGGAAACAAGCCUCUAAAGGUGACAGAAGCAGAUCAUUGUUGUGUUGCAGAAAAUUCUCUUUCCUAUGAAUUGAACAAUCAUCUGGCUGCAGAAAUAUUACCAAAAAAUAAAUAAAAAGGAUCAGAGGGACCAAACCUUCAGUGUUCCUGCAUCGCUAUUCUGGAGCGUAAAGAGACGCAGAUUUACACCUCCUGCAAACUCUGCAUGAUUUCAGUCUGACAGACACCUCCUUCUGUGGUUUAGCCUGGGAGAGUUCAAACAUGGGACACCAGCAAGAAUGUGUUUUGGCUCUUAAGAUCCAUGAAGAUUCCCAGUGUUUUCUGUCGCGCUGCAAAACACAUUCUUGUCAAAUUUACUAACGUGGGUUUAUUCUCCUAAUCUGCGCUGGUGGGGAAAGAAAGCAACGGAUUGUGGUUUGCUGUUUUUGUGGUGAGAAUCUGAACUACGUAAGCCAAACAUUUUGUUUGUUUUUAAAAAACUUUUUUUUUUUACAUUUUAGAACGUGUAAGUGUUGCUACAUUGUUAUUGUUUUUUUUAUAGCAAUCUUCAGAUUACAGGCCGGCACAUUAUGGAGCAGUGGACUCAGACUGUGCCAUAGCCUAUAUCACUGUAAGUACAGCCUCAAGGUGACGUGCUAAAAGCUUUGCCUUUAUUUUGUAAUAUUGUUUUGAAUCAUAUGUCCUUGUUGUUGCAGCUCAGAUAAUCAUGGCCAAGUGUCCCUGAACAACAUAAAAACAAGAGUCGUUUUUUUACACAGUCAUUUUGUGUUCAUUUGAUUUUUGUGGUACUGUGGGCACUUUAAAACUGUACAGGAUUUCUUACUUAAAAAUCAACAACGUAACAAUGGUUUAUUUGUACUCGAGGUGUUUGCAAAAUGCACAAAAUGUCCAACACACUGGAAGACCUUUGUAUCUGAAUGUUUUAUGGUGGCAACUGUUUUCUACAAACUGUAAACGCAUUCCGACAAACUCUGUCCCAAGUGCAAAAAUAAAACUAUGUUCUGCCAACA